CGCCUUAACCCCUCGAAACUCUUCUGGACUUCAAUUGAAUCCUGUUCGUUCUUCAGGUCCUCGAAUUUUGCCCCUCGCUAUCGGACUGCGCUGCGUCGAUUCGCUGCUUACGUGGCGCGCCUUGCGUAACAAAUGGUUUGAGAACGUCAGAAAACGGGCAUUCGAUGAUCAGCCUCAGUUGUAGCCCCGGAUUUCCAACAACUCGGCCCUCCCGUGGAAUUGACAAUCGAGACGUCCCGUCUUCGACACAAAAGUAUAUCUAUUCCACUUUCCUAAGUCCUGCACGUGGCGCAGCCGCGACAGAAUUCGAAGAACGACGCGGACCGGCCAAGUCGUCUCUGGGUUCCUGCUUCUUUGCUUGCUUGCUUGCUUGCUCGUUUCUCAGCGCGCGCUUGAUGCUUCUCUACCCAAGUCCUCGAGUCAGUGCGGAAAGUGGUGCUACAGCCGAAAUCCGGAUCGAUUCAGAUGAUGCGGAAGUGGUCUGGGAUGGGGGGUGAAGAGAAUGGAAGUCUGGUCGAGGAUUGCGAAAAGUAGACCCAGCAGUUUGGUAACGGAGAAGGCAAAGAAUGGCAGC